AUGGGAUUUAGCACCGUCAGACAAAUAGUCGUUGAAGUUUGUGACGCUAUAUGGACAAAAUUAGGACCCAUUGUCAUGCCUCAACCCACAGAAAUGUUUUGGAAACGUGUCGCAGAAAGGUAUAAUACGUUAUGGAAUUUUCCCAAUUGCAUCGGGGCGAUAGACGGAAAACAUAUUAAUAUUCAGUGCCCAAUUAAUGCCGGGUCUACAUUUUAUAACUAUAAAGGCUCCCAUUCGAUAGUACUACUAGCACUUGUUGAUGCUGACUAUAAAUUUACAGCUAUUGACGUAGGUUCUUAUGGGAGGAAUAGUGACGGUGGAAUUUUUUCAAUAUCAACCAUUGGAAAAAUGUUGGAAAAUAAAACAUUGAAUGUGCCAGAAGACGUUCCUUUAGUUAUGAAUGGAGUGCCACAGCCAUACGUCACACUCGGCGACGAAGCAUUUCCUCUCAAAAGAUAUUUGCUUCGUCCCUAUAGUAGAUGUCAUUUAGGAGAAAAUGAACCAAACAAAAUUUUCAAUUAUAGGCUUUCUAGGGGUAGAAGAGUGGUGGAAAAUGCGUUUGGGAUACUGGCAGUUUGUUGGAGAUGUUUUCGAAAAUCUUUAGAGGUCCAACCAGAACUGACUGAAAAAAAUCGUACUAGCUGCCUGUUGUCUCCAUAA